AUGAAAUCCUGUUUUUGCGACCUGCCAAUGCGCCUUUGUGGUGCACUUGUGCCGUUCCUGCCCUCGUUUGGCUUCUUGAACUCGACCACGUUUUGGGCCUAUCUUUUUUGGAUCUUGUGGCUCCAUCGCUACGUGAGACUUCUCGUUCACUGCGUGAGUCACUGGACCUACAAGUCGAAGCCCCUUCCCGCCAACCCAAAGUAUACGAGCCAGGAUGUGACGGUGGUGGUUCCUACAAUUCAUGACAAUCCCGAGGAAUUGAAGUCUUCUCUCAACAGCCUUCUCGCCUGCAACCCAGCCUGUCUUUAUCUAGUGACGCCCUGCUACAAGUUGGAACCAUUGCAAAAGGCGGCAAAGCAACUCAAGUCCAGCAAUAUUCAUGUUCAGGUCCUCUCAAGUACCAUCGCAAAUAAACGGCAGCAGGUGUGCGAAGCAAUUCCUCUUAUUAAGACGCCAAUCACGGUACUGGCCGAUGACGAUGUGACAUGGCCUAGCAAGAUGCUCACCUAUCUCCUUGCCCCGUUCGAGGACGACAAGAUGGGUGGUGUUGGAUCUUGCCAGCGAGUGAAGCGCGUGUGGGAUGCACCUUGGUCAACGCGCAUUUGGAAUUGGCUUGGUGCCGCUUACAUUGAACGCCGCAAUUUCGAGAUUACUGCCACGCAUAACAUUGACGGAGGAACUUCGUGCAUGUCUGGCAGGACUGUGGCGUAUCGAACGGAAAUAUUGCGGAGCCAUGAUUUUAUCCAUGAAUUCCAGAAUGAAAAAUGGGGGGAAGGCAAUCUCAACACUGACGAUGAUAACUUUAUUACGCGCUGGCUGGUUAAAAAUAGGUGGAAGACCUGGAUCCAAUAUGCUCCGGAAUGCGAGCUGGAGACUACUCUUGAGAAUUGCAUGGUGUUGUUUGUCUUACAAUGUAUUCGCUGGGCUCGCAGCAACUGGAGAAGCAACUGGACCAGUCUGUUCAUAGAGGGAUAUGUUUGGAAACAGCAAAUGUGGUGUACAUAUGCGCUUCACAUUGCCACCUUCACUUCUCUCGCCUUCCUCGUCGACCCGCUUCUCCUCUUAUCGUGUUGGCGGGCCACAGCUGACUGGGACAUGGCACAGCGGGAACGCGCAUUCUGGGCUCAGUUCAUUUUUAUGUUCGGCUUUACCAAAGUAGUCAAAUUGGUUGGCUUGUUCAAGCGGAAUCCCAGUGACAUCGUCUUUCUGCCCGUGUCAAUUAUUUUUGGAUACUUCCAUGGACUCAUUAAGAUCUACGCCUUACUUACUCUUCGCACGACUACAUGGGGCAGUAGACCCGAUGGUGACACCAAUAACGACUCUCGCUUCCAAAAACGCCCGAAACUUGCCGAGUAUGUGGAGUCGCCCAAGUCCAAGGAACACCCAGAUCUCACGGCCUCCAGUGCCUCUGGUAUCUCCGAUGCCUCCAAUGUCCACCAGAAGGGAUGGUGGCCAUACGAUGGCAAGUGA